CAUCUUUGAUCGAUCAUGGACAGUGACCUAGAAGGGCAGCUCUCACAGGAGGAUGUGACACGGAUUUUGACCUAUCUUGACCUACCACAAUCUGCUGGUCUCCCUCUUGCGCCACUGAAUUUCCUUCGAGCUCACCUUGCCCAGCUUCCAUAUGAGCUCGCUCUGCCAUUCGCCAAAAUUACUACACCACGGCAGAGAUCCAGCAUAAAAUCUAUCAAAUCAAGGCGUCUGAUCUACGCAUCUUCCGAACCGAAACCUCUGGAGCUGACGGCUGAACGCGGCCGUCUGAGAUGGCCUCUGUUAUGGGAACGAAUGGGCGGGUCAUCCCUGCCGCCGCCGAGUGUCAAUGUGGAUGAGGAAGAAAGUUGGGUCGAGCAAAACUUCUUGCCCGGCAGAGAGAAUGCUCAGCAUGUCAAGAAGCUUGGAGGAUUUCUGAGGAGUCUGGAAGAGGAGAGGGAGAUGAUGGAAGUCGUGGCCGCCAGGAGGGUAGAACGGAGGCUGGAUGACGUCGGAGAGGAGUUCGAUGAGGAGUCGGAUGAGGAGGAAGGGACGACGAAUGCGCCUGGUAUAUCGAGUGUCCCCGGACCAAAUGCGAAUACCAUGGUCCCUCCUGGAAUUGUAGUCCAAAUCAAUCAGCAAGAGCAAGAGGACGUCAGGCGUGCGUUUGAAAAGCAUUUAACUGAACUCUUCGUAGAUGGACUAGAUACGGUGGACUAUACGAGAAUCGACUUUGCCGAGCCGCCUGGAGGAGACGUGACGGCUGAGAGGGAUCAAGAAGAUGCCUACUUUGCCGAACAGGAGCCUAGCGAUGCGGUAGACAGGACUGAACCCGCUAGAAGCGUCUCCAUGCCAAACCAGAAUGGUCAAGGAGAGUAUGACUAUUAGAGAUCCGCAAUC